CCUAUCAAAACCCAGAAAAAAAAUGGAAGAAUAAAAGAGAAAUAAAUAAAUAAUAGUUUUAAUUAAAUAUUUUUUUUUCAUGAAAGAAAAUAGAGAAAGCAGAGGAGAGCAUAGUAAUUGGAGAUGGAAGAAGAAGAGACCCUCUCUCUACCAUUUCAACUCCUCACAAGUUCACAACUUUUUCUCUUGUUACAACUAAAUCUUCUCAGUUUCAGAGCUUCUGUUCCAAGUGUGUGAAAGGGUCGCCUCUGAAACCCUCGAAUUUCUCUCUGUCUCUCUGCUUGUGCUGCUUUCUGUAUAGCAUGAGAGGAUGUGCUGUGUAUCUGAGGGGUUAAAGCCCAUUUCGAAUCUGAUUUUGUCUGUUAUUCCUAAAGAAGAAAGUAGACACCCGAGCAUAACCAUGAAUCACUUGACUGUUGAGACGGAAGAUACAUUUGCGAGCUUGCUUGAACUCGCUGCUAACAACGACACUGAGGCAUUCAAGCGAUCAAUUGAGUGCAACCCAUCAUGUGUUGAUGAGGUUGGACAAUGGUAUGGCCGGCUGAAGGGCUCCAGCCAGAUGGUUAAUGAGCACAGGACCCCUUUAAUGGUUGCGGCUAUAUAUGGUAGUAUAGAUGUUAUGAGAUUGAUUCUGUCUCUAUCAGAUGCAGAUGUCAAUCUCUCCUGUGGUCUUGAUGGAAGCACCGCCCUUCAUUGUGCUGCCUCAGGUGGAGCUGUGAAUGCUGUGGACGUUGUGAAACUGCUUUUAGCAGCAGGCGCUGAUCCAAACUUGGUAGAUGCCAAUGGUCAUCGUCCUGUUGAUGUUAUUGUUGUUCCUCCAAAGCUUCGAGAUGUAAAGUCAACUCUUGAAGAACUACUUGCUACUGAUGGUUUUAUUAAUGACAGCAAAACAAGAGAGUCAAUAUCCACUUCAAAUUCAAAUUCUCCACCUCUUUCACCUUCUUUGAAAAAUGGGUUCUUGUCAUCUUCUAUGGAUUUGGUGCGGAAACUGAAGAUGGAUGAUGUCCCAAUGGCUCCUGCAUCAGAGAAGAAAGAGUACCCUGUUGACCCAUCUCUACCAGACAUUAAGAACAGCAUCUACUCGACUGAUGAAUUCCGUAUGUAUUCCUUCAAAGUUCGGCCUUGUUCACGUGCCUACUCUCAUGAUUGGACAGAGUGCCCUUUUGUUCAUCCAGGAGAAAACGCUCGAAGAAGGGAUCCUAGAAAGUUCCACUACAGUUGUGUUCCAUGUCCUGACUUCAGGAAGGGGACUUGUCGACGUGGAGAUAUGUGUGAAUAUGCUCAUGGGGUUUUUGAAUGUUGGCUACACCCAGCACAAUAUAGAACACGGCUUUGCAAGGAUGGUAUCAAUUGUGCAAGGAGGGUUUGUUUCUUUGCCCACAAAGCUGAGGAACUGCGGCCCUUAUAUGUCUCCACUGGCUCUGCUGUUCCCUCUCCUCGGUCUCUCAACUCUGGUGCUGCUGCCAUGGAUUUCGCUGCAGCCAUGAGCCUUUUACCUGGAUCUCCUUCAUCAGUGUCUGUCAUGUCUCCAUCACCUUUCACCCCACCAAUGUCUCCAUCUGCCAAUGGCAUGCCAGACUCUUCUGUAGCUUGGCCACAACCAAAUAUUCCUGCAUUGCAUCUCCCUGGAAGCAAUCUUCAAUCUAGUCGAUUGAGAUCUUCCCUUAAUGCUAGAGAUAUGCUAGCAGAGGAAUUUGGCAUGCUGCCAGAUUAUGAUGUGCGACAACAGCACAUCAUAAACGAGUUAAGUAGUCUCUCUCAGUCAUCUCUGAGCUCCUCACUGAAUCGUUCUGGUCGAUUGAAGACCCUAACGCCUUCAAAUCUUGAUGACCUCUUUUCUGCCGAGGGCUCAUCUCCCCGUUACCCUGAUCAAGCAUUGGCUGCAGCUGUUCUCAAUCAGUUUCAGCAACAGCAGAGCAUGUUAUCACCGAUCAAUACUAAUUUUUCCCCUAAAAAUGUUGACCAUCCUCUACUGCAGGGCUCUUUUGGCGUUCCCUCAUCUGGUAGGAUGUCUCCCAGAAAUGUGGAACCUAUCUCACCUAUGGCCUCUCGAGUGUCCAUGUUAGUUCAACGUGAGAAGCAGCAACAGCAGUUUCGCAGCCUCAGCUCUCGGGAGCUUGGCUCCACUUCUGCUGCCAUUGUGGGCUCCCCUGUGAAUUCUUGGUCAAAAUGGGGAUCUUCCAAUGGGAAGCCUGACUGGGCAGUUAGUACAGAUGAAUUGGGUAGACUCCGCAGGUCAUCUUCAUUUGAGCUUGGCAAUGGAGAGGAGCCUGACCUUUCAUGGGUUCAAUCUCUUGUUAAGGAAUCUCCAUCUGAUGUGAAAGAAAAACUUGCACUGACUAAUUCCGCCGAUGCAACCUUUGAUUCUUUGAGUGAGGAUUCGAGUUUGAACCCACAAAUGGAACCAGCUGAUCAUGCUAUGGUAGGAGCGUUACUUGAGCAAAUGCGGAUUGAUCAACUUGUGGCUCAGCAAAACUGAAAAAUAUUUUUUGAGUCAUGAGUGGGCAAACAACAUAAGGUUUUGGUAAAUACUAUAAGCUUAUUUUUCUUGGAAUUUUGUUGGUGGGUAUGAAAGGUAACAGUAACAAAGGAAGAAAUCAGGGGAGGAAAAAUCAGUUACGGUAUAUUCAUUUCAUCAUUGAUUGUUAUAACAGAAUUUAGAGAAGGGUGGGAAAGCCUUCCUGGGUUAUAUUCAAAAUGUUAAUCCCAGGCAAGGUGUUUCUCUUUUUGGCCCUCCGAUAUUUUCAAUUUUUAUCUCUCUAUUAUUGUCAUUUUUUUGCCUUAUAUUAUUAGCAACCUGUUGAAUUAUAAUAAGUGCUGAAAGACUGAAAGUCCUCUUGGUAUAUAUUCAUUCAUUGUCACCUUUGGAACCAAUGUUUUUGGGUGCUAUCAGUUGUGGAAGAUCUUGAAUAUGAAUAAAAGAAUAAUGGGUUGAUGAUGAA